AUGAAGCCUAAACACUUCUUACUCUUUUCUCUCCCCGCCCGUACCCUGGCACUAUCAAUCCGGCCACCGCCAAAUGCACGAGCUCAAGCCUGCGAUCCCAACUCGGCGUGCAACCAAUUCGAGGGGCCUGGGGCCAAACCUUUGCCUCUCCAUGAGCCCUUGAUUCAGUUCGCUCCUGAGACGCCGCAGCCGGACCCAGAGCAGCCGCAGCCACAGCACGGUACUAGCGGGCUAUUCGAAGAUCCUCGGCGGCAAGUUGACGUUUUCCGAGAGCACUUCGACAGAAAUAAGAACCUUGGCGGCUCUGAGGGGGAGCCUGGCGAUAGUCAAGGGGAGAUUGACUACCCUGGUUCCCCGCCGCCGACCCUUGGCGAUGUUCUGUCGUUGCCGAUCUCUCCUGAGCGGCGGUCUCUCGAGCCUGCGUCGGCAAAGUCUGCAGCUGAGGCGAUGCGGCACGGUCCUCGGUGGCAGCGUAAGCGGCCGCAAGCCGACCCUGCGGGGCAACCUCUUGAUCCAGAAGGGCAGACUCCCAAGCCUGCGUGGCAGUCACACGAUCAUCCAUGGUAUGCCAAUGACGACGGCGGAUACUCCGAGGUCGAGCCAGACGCCGCAAGGCUCACCAAGCGGGAUGGCAGCCGCACAGACUUGCCCCUGCCAUCCCUGGUCCAAGCUGGCAAUGUCAUCACCAGACGCAUGACCUACCGGGACAACGUACUCAGGCUGCCGUGGCUUGCACAAGACUACACGCUUGGAAGCGCCAGCUUUACAGUCCUGGAAAUGGCCAUCACCGAUGGUCAAGACCCGGAGCGGAGGAACCGGGUCGGAGACGUCAAGCACUGGCAAGAACCAGACGGCAGCAUCUUCUGGUCCGUCGGCCGCAGCAAGACCGCGCCAGUCGCAGAGUUCUGGACGUCUCGUAUCAAGCCCAGCGAGAACACCUUCAAGGCCGACCCGGACGAGCUCAACUUUGCCUUUGUCGGCAACAUGACAUUCACCAUCCACGGCGGACCGCUCGCCCUGCCGGGGACAAGCUUUACGAUCAUGGGCGCCGCCAUUGCUCAGGGCUCCAACUGGCCAAACCUUUGGGCGAAUAACUGGUGGUUCGGCUGCCAGGGCGGGACUGCGAUGCCUGACUGGCACGUCGCGUGUCCGGCUAUUAAUGAUGCGGGCGAGACCAUUUCGCUCACGUUUCGCAGAGGCUCCCCCAAGUACGUAAUAGGCUAUGGCCGCCGCCGCCGCCGGGCGAUUGGGGACUACGAGCCCGGAAGCGAUGUAAACGACAUCAGCCUGGUAAACGUGACCAUCGCGGGCGGACCAUCCUCUUCCUCCUCCCCUUGA